CAAUACAACCAAAACAUUGCAUAACAACAACACAAGUGAUGUGUUUUAAACAUAUAAUAUAAUUCAGAUAUUUGUAUGUUAUGUCAGAAUAAAACAAAAGUAAUUCAAUUUUUUUGGGACCAAAAGUUUGUUUUUUGUUGUGUCAAUGGAUAUGAAGAGUCGUUCAUCAGAUCUUAAGAUAGUGUCAGUGAUAGCACUGGUAUUCAUGAGUUGUGGGGCUAAUGUUGUGGCCCUCGAGUCGAUCAUUAGGCACACACCUGGCGCUGGAAACCUCAUUAAUUUGGCUCAGAUUGCAGUCAUAUCUGUGGAGGGCUUCCUGUUUAGCACCAGAUGUGGCCGUCAAAGAUCACACAUCCCCUUAAGACAUUACAUAUUACUAGUACUGCACUUCUUUGUGGUCAGUCUUACCAGUAGUUAUGCCAAUGUAUACAAUAUGCCGAUGCCUUUGAUUAUGAUCUUUAGAUCCGGUUCAUUAAUCGCAAACUUGAUUUUGGGAAUACUUAUCCUUAAGCGUCACUACACUCUCACUAAAUAUUUGUCGGUAAUCAUCAUAACGAUUGGCAUAAUUGUAUGCACAUUGGCAUCGAUUCAUAAACCUGAUGAAAACAAUGAUUCAAAUGUAAAGCCAAAUCAAAAUACAUCAUUUGACUGGACUGUUGGUAUACUUUUAAUGUUGUUAUCGUUGUUUACUUCAGCAAAUACGGGUAUAUUUCAAGAGAAACUUUACCAAAAGUUUGGUAAACAUCCUCAUGAAGCAUUGUUUUAUACUCAUUUUCUACAAUUACCCGGUUUUCUACUAUUGCUAUCAAACAUAACCCAACAUAUUGUGAUAUUUACUAAAUCAGAGCCAUAUAUCAUUGAUUUGACAGCAUUUUCUCUAAUUAUGCCUAAACUAUGGUUACUAUUGUUAGCAAAUUGUUUGGCUCAAUACAUAUGUAUAAGAAGUGUGUUUAUAUUGACCGCUGAAUGCACUUCAUUGACAGUUACUUUGGUUGUGACUAUUAGAAAGUUUUUAUCACUAAUUUUUUCAAUAUUUUAUUUUCAAAAUACAUUUACAUCUAGUCAUUGGUUGGGAAUGGCAUUAGUUUUUAUAGGAACUAUACUUUUUGUUGAUAUUCCUCAAAGAGUAUUCAAAGUAAAAACAAAGUGA